ACCCUACCAGUACUAAGUUAUUUGAUGACUGACAGCUUCUGCUUGAUGUCCAGGAGUGGAACAGAUGCUGUUCUUCUCUGACUCAAAAGAGCCAUUUGCUAAUAGAACUAGUGGUUGGCGUCAGCUGGAAGUGUAUCUGGGUCUCUGCUGACUUGAAAAUCAAAUCUCCUCAGGGUGUGAGGCAGUGUUACUAAUAAUGAAUUCUCCUGAACGCCCAAAACUGUUGCCUCAAUUACUAUAUAUUUCUGUAUGGCUAUGUCUGGCUUCAUCGCUUUUCUAAGUGGGAUAAUCUGCUGCCAACUUUCACUCCAAUAUGUGUGGUUUCCAGAAUGGAACAGUCAGCGAAUGAACAGAUACGUGGGAGUACGGGUAUUUAAUCGCAAGAACACAAUCGGAGUUUAUAUUUGAAAAACCGGGAUAGCAGAGGGAGAGCAGAAGAGCUCUGACUGAAAUGGUCGAAUUUACAGAAGAGGAUCUGGCCUUUUACCUACUGAAUCAGGUGGAUCUGCGGCGUCGGCAAGUUUCAAAGACUGAAGAAGAAGUUUAUGCCAUCGUCCAAGAACUAACUUCCGCGAUCAGUGCAGAGGAUAGCCGCUUUCAGCCUAUUUUUCAUUCUGGAAUUAACAAUGAGAACAUUAAGGACCAAUUGGCUGUAGUGGCUAAAUGGUCAUCCAUUCUAACAGGGAAGCGAGCCCAACAUGCUUCUGUCCAGGUUCAAUCACCAACACAGCUUUUCAUUAUGGUUCCACUCCGGGGUCUGUCAGCUUACACAGAGCGGAAAGUUCGUCAGUGGCGCUAUUAUACCUUGACUGGUUCGAAGCUCAUCUCACCUGUUCAGGAGCCUGAGAAGUUGCAUCAAUGGUUGGAGGUGGAUCAGUUCCUCAAGACAAAUCAGGAAUGGCGCCAGUCAGAUGUGACUAUUGAAGGGGACAUUGUUCCUUCAAAAGUUGUUGCUAUCUUUAAAGCUCUGCUGGAGAAACUACUCCAAGCCUCUAACUUCCAUGGAAAGAUCAAUACUUUGGAAAGUGUUGGACCUACCAUACGACUUGCUGUGAAAACAACAGAACAGCAUGUUGAGGUGGAGAUUGUACCAGCCAUUGAAAUUGCAAACCUCUGGCCAAAAAAAGCACGUUGGCCACGGUUUCUGAAACGAUGGCCAUCAAAAGAAAAGGCUCGAACUGUCAAGUCCUUUGGAUUUAAUUUAUUGGCAAGAUCAAAUUACCACUGGCAGCUUUCAUUCACGCGUGCUGAGCGAGAACUAUUAGAAGAUAUGGAUGAAGAUGGAGGCUGCCGCCUAAAGUGUUUACAGGUCAUUAGAAAGCUGAAAGAAGACUAUUGGUGCCCUGGAAAUAAACCAGUCAUCACAUCCUAUCAUCUACAGACACUUUUGUUUUGGACCUGUGAGAAAUAUCCACGCUCUAAAGAUUGGAAAAAUUUCCAGAAAUGCUUUCUGCGGUUGGUAAAGAAACUUCAGAAAUGUGUAUUACAGAGAUACCUCCGACAUUACUUUGUGAAGAGCUUUAACCUUCUUAAAUAUGCUAACACAAAUGAACUGGAUGUUACAUCUCAGAAAAUUAAUGAUUUCUUAAUAAAUCCUGGCGUGUACUUCCGUUAAAUUCUACUGACAUUUUAAAUCAAUUGCAAGCUCCAAUGUGUCAAAUCUUACUGACUUUUCAAAACUCCCCAUCUUUUUUAUCUGAAUUAAAAUGAGUUAUGAGCUAAUAUUAAUACAGAGAAAAGAACGAGUAAAAAUAACAACAAGCAAAUAUCAUGCAAAUAUUUGUACCAGAUUUCUUUCUGAUAUUUUAGUUGAAGUGGAUAUCUCCAUUAAAAUUUGAGAGAAAUGAAUUUAAAAGGGCCAUGUUCUGAAGUCAUACAAUAAAAUUGCUGAUAGUGCUUGUAUCCUGUAAUGUGCUGAAAGGUUUACUACCUUAAGAUUUUUCUUGCUGUAGACUUUAAUGUCUUGAAGAAGAAUCAUAUUUUUCAAAUUAAAUUUUCAUCUGUUCUUGCCAUAUGAUAGUCAUUUUAAGAAUGUGUUACUUGUAGUUAUUGCUUAGUGUUUAAUAAAUUUCUCAAUUACAAAGGACUGCCAAAUGUCAUUGCCCCUGAUUUAGGAUGUAUUGGUAAUUUCUUUUAUCUUUACUAAAACAUAC